UGCAGAGGCAGCGCACAGACCUCGGAUUGCAUACACAACCGCCUUCGCUGCUUACCUGCGCAUCCGUCCCUUGGCUGCCGAUCGUGAGAUCAUUGGUCUCUGCAGGUGCAAGCUUACAUACGUAGCAUAGCUAGGGCAAACAGCUCGCUCUGCCGGUACAUAUGGUACAUUCCGCAGCUUGCAGCGGCGAUCAUCGCCAGCAACACCAGCACCACCAGCAACACCACCAGCAACACCACCAGCAAUACCACCACCACCGGGAAAUUCACGAUGUCGUCCGCCGUCCAACGGACGCAACAGACGGAAAUAACCUUCCUUGCGGUCGUCGUCUCCGCGCGCCGCGACGCGCGGAGAGUCAGGAAGAGCGACUGGUACCUUAUCGACGACACGCUGCCGCUGCUCGACCCGUUGGGCUCGGACUCGCGGCCGGGGCGGCCGCCCAGCAGGCACCACGCCAUCAUCAGCGUGUGGCGGGAUAUCGACGAGUUCCGGCCGCGGCCUGGCGAGAUCGUGCUGGUGAGGGGCGCGAAGGUCAAUCGCAAUUAUGUGGAAGAUACGGAGACCCACAGGUUGCGGAAGCUCGACAAGGGCAUGGCCGCGGAGUGGGGAUUGUUGAAUCUUUAUCCUAAUGUGAGACCUGGCUGGUGGGCGACGGAGGAGAUGCUGGAGGGAAUGGAGGUUGAGGGGUUUAGGGAGCUUAGGGAGUGGAGAGAUGGGGUGCUGAAGCGUGAGGAGCAGGAGGAGAGGGCGUGGGAGGAACAGCAGAUUUUGCGGAGGGAGAGGGAGAUUACGGAGAAGGAGGAGGCGUGAGGUGGAUGAGGAGAUGAAGAGAGUGGGUGAAGCUGAGAUUGAGAGGAGGAGGGAAGCCGAGAUGGAAGAGUUCGAAGAGAGGGGUUUGGUUUGGCGGCUGGGUGGAAAGCCGUUUUGGCGGGUUGACGGGAUGUAUUCAUUGGAUGAUGAUGA